AUGGAUAGUUCGGACACGCAAAUAGAUAAAGAUACCCCAGUAAACACACAAGGCUGGAUAAACCGUGCUUACGCCGGCGAUGUGUUCGAUGCAGAGAAUCCAUUCAAACCAGCUCAAGAAGCAUUUCACUACGCUCUUGAGGUCUUCAAGAAGACCUUGACCAAAUAUCCUGCAAAAAAACCAGUGGCGGAUGAGCUUUUCGCGACAUCCACGUUGGAAGACGUGUUGAACCUUGUUCUGGAUGCCAAGAAACGUUACCAUGAUGCGGCUUCGCAAUCAAGGAUUCAAGAUGGACUUAAUGCGUUCUCCCAGCGCUUACUGUAUUACGGGAAUGUCAUGGAUGUUCUGGUACAACAUCACCCAGAGUACGUGUCUCUCGUUUGGGGGGCCAUGAAGUUCAUAUUCGGUGUGACAUCUAUGCUCUACGCACACAUCCUGCGAUUCCUCAUUCGAGCCCUGAAGUAUUACGAGGAAAGCAGACUCAUGCGUGCGGUCCACACAAUCACGAGACCGGCGGCCCUGAGAUACCAAGACCUUGUCAGCCUCAUCUGCCGUGACGCGGAAACGGUCAGAAAGCACGCCGCCACGAGCAGUCAAGCCGAGAUACGAGCUAUUCACGACCGCGUGGCUGCGUUCAGCGUCCAGCUGGAGAGCGAGACAAACAAGGCUCAAGCCGAGCGACUGGACAUAAACCUCAAGUUGAACACCCUCGAGAACUUGGUGACUCAGGUUCGACACACCUUAGAAGUCCAACACGCGGUCCAGGCGAGCAACCAAAUACAAAUUCGCAACGCUGUAUCGGACGUGCAACUAAGGCAGGCUCUGAGCAUGGUCGCAUCACAGUGUAGCGUUGACCACAAGUCCUUGUUUCAGUCAGCCCUGCAGGUGGUCGAUACCAGAGCUGCUUUCCGCCAGAAAUCCAAGCACAACGUCGCGGCCUUUUGGACCUCUCCGAAGCUGCAGCACUGGAGUAAAGCGGCCACAUCGUCUACCAUUCUGUUGCUCAAAGAUGGAGUCGCGGUGUUCUGGGUCUUCAUGAGCAGUGACCGGAAGUACCCGCUCCUGGAGACACUGAGAAGCCUUGUCUAUCAAGCACUCAGUCUCGACUACUCGCAGCACACGGAACAGAGCAUGUCGUUCCAGCUGAGCAAAUACCUAGACGCCAAUUUCGAGGACGACUACCUGAACAUGCUCGGUGACUUGCUACAGCAUCUAAAGCACGUCUACAUCAUAGUCAACAGCGAAGCCAUGGCUCCAGACACCGCGACUCAGUGCCGAGCAUGUCUUCAGAGACUAUCACAACUGCUUUUGGGCCGCGGCUGCCAGACUAUCCUCAAGGUCAUCAUGACCUCUUGCGGUUCGGAAAUACGAAAUCAGGACAUGACUGGCAACAUUGUGUUGGAUAGUUAUUACGAGGACGGUCGGUCGAGCGAAUCAGAGAAGGGCGAGGAAAGAAGCCAAAAGGCAGCGAGGUAUCCUUAA